AUGCAAUUUUCUAGUUUCAUUAGACGCAGCUCGUUGCCCCGCCUGGGGUCACCACCGGAACCUCCUGGAGACCUGCCCUGCGGAGGACGCCCUUCCAGCACAGGAGAGCUCACCACUUGGGAGCGGCGGCGCCCAGUUGGCGCCCACCCCGGGGCACGCUGCAGUCAAUGCCUGGCAGCGACUUCUCGCUUCGCCCUCCACCUCCCCCAUCGACCCUCUCUGGCCGACCUUUACGCCCAACUCCCGCGCGCUGCGAGCCUCGCGUCCUCGCGGUCCACGCGGGGCCCCACCCCUUCCCGGUUCCCGCCCGAGAUCGGGCCGGAGGCGAGGGUAGGUCGAUUUCCUGCCCGGAGCUGGCCGCCGGCUCCGCAGCUUCUUCACUCCAGUUCUCUAGCGCGGGGCUGUGUGGCGCGGAGCCGGCGGCGGCGGAGCAGACCGAGGAGCGGGAGCCCGGGGACCCACUCACGCACGCUCCGGAGGGCUGACCCCGGAGACACGCUCGGCGCGGGGGGCGGGGCGGGGCGGGGGGCCGGGCCCGCGCGGAGGUGGGGGGCGCGGGGGCUCAGGGGUGGGCGCACCGGCCCCCAGCCUUCCGCAUGCUCCCCCUCCCGCCGGUCCUCCCCGCCACCACCUGGCGCAGGUCGGAAACCCCUCCUUUCCUCGGCUCCUCGGCGCCGGGGCGAGGGCAAAGUGAAUGGGAAGAUGGAGAUGGAUGUUGAGGGAGUUUCUCCGCGCCCGGAGCCCAUCCCCCGCUCCCAGGGGGCUGGCGGAGCCUGCCAGGCGCCGCCACAGCCGCCCCAGCCCCAGCCCCAGCCCCAGCCGCAGCCGCAGCAGCAGCCGCUGGCUCAGGAUGAAGUGCCCGGCGGUGAGAGUGCAGGAGCGGAGGACAGCGACGAUCCCGAGGCGAGACCCAGCAGGGAGAAAGGAGAGAGCAAGAGACCCUCGGCCAGCAAGUCUUCGGGGGCUCCUUCCUAUAGCAGAUGGUCCAGUUCACAGCCACAUCAGUCUAGCUCCACAGUGAGAGCCUAUCAAACUAGUAAGUCCCGAGUGACCAUGAGCCCUGGCUUCAGCUCUCAGUGGAACAGCAGCCAACCAGCCUGGAACACAUACUCCUUUCCAAGAGCAAGCUUGCACUAUCAGUCCCAUGCCAGCUAUGCCUACUGUACUGGACACCCUGCUGAAGCUGGAUUUGUACCAGGAACCUCUUAUCUGAAAAGGCAACUCUGGGCUGGGGAGAACAGAGCUGGUUUGACAAAGUGGAGAGGCGCUCAAUAUUGGUCUGCCCACGCUUUGGGCAUGCGUGAGCACUCACAGCAAAACACAGCUGGCAUGUCUAAUUUUAGCCUUGACUGCCUUGAAAAGGACCCUUAA